GUCAAAGACCCUGACGAUAAACAUACAAAAGCAGAAGCCAGGCUUACCUGCCCAGCGCGCUGCGCAAUCGCCGCCCUCCUCCCCUCGCCCAACGGCAACGAAUCUGCCUGCCUUCCUGCAGCCUCACCGGCUCAUCACUUCGUCAGCCAUCUUCACAGCCCGCCUGGCGCCCCCCAGCAUCAGAUUCCCCUGCUAAACCCUCCUGUUGCGGUUUCUAUCUGGUCCAGAUAAUCACUCCCUUCCCUCCAAUUAUUUUUCCACUGCUCGAAGGCCCGGGGCGCCCACCGGAGCCAAUCAGUUCCGUUCACCUUUCCACCGGAAUCCACCCCACCGCCACCGGUGGAUGAUUUGAUGGAGUUGCCGUUUUGCGGACCGUGGUAACUACUCUCUCCCACCACCAACAAUCAAGAGUCCGCUCUCCUCCAACCUCCUGCCAACAGCACGCCUGCCUCUCUCUCUCUGUGUGUGUGUGUGUGUGUGUGUGUGUGUCACCGAGGGUCCGAGGCGGUCCUACUCCCUCUGUCUUGGUGUCUUCUUGCGCACGCCGCUUGGUGGUUCUCCUCCUCACGGUUCCAUCUCCGGGUCCUUGGGUCUGGAUGGAACUGGAGACACGGUAGAGGAGCCCGCGGUUUCCCUUUUCCCCUCCCAACAAGGACCGGCGUGGAGGAAGGGUUGAUAGGGAGGAUUUUUUGGAUUGAUCUAUAAGCCUUUUGGUGGCUAACGGUUGGGAGCUUUGGAGGAGAACUCGAGUCCUUGGGCUCUAGGUUGGUCUGGACGAGGCCGGAGGAAGUUGCCAAUGGAGCCGCCGACUGGGUUCUGGGCCUCGCUUCUGAGCUUCCUCAAGUUCCUCCCCUACUUCUGCGGCCUCCUCGUCCUUGGACUCAUCAAAGGUGUUUUGUUGUGCCCUUGGGCAUGUCUGAUUAUGGCGAUUGGAAUAUCUGCCCUGGUCCUGGGCUUAUGGCCUAUGCAUCUGAUUUGGACAUACUACUGCAUUGUCAGAACCAAGCUGGUUGGACCUGUGGUAAAGCUUCUGCUUCUUAUUGCUGCGACUGCAGUCUUGAUCAUAUGGUUGAUAAUUGGCAUCCCGGGAAGCAUAUUUGCUGGAUUGGUAUAUGGUUUUCUAGCACCCAUAAUGGCUACAUUUGAUGCUGUAGGAGAAGGCAAAGAAAAGCCAUUUGUUCAUUGCUUUGUGGAUGGAACAUGGAGUACUAUCACUGGAAGCUGUACAGUAGUCAGGGACGUGAAAGAUUUGCUUUUCCACUCCUAUUUUUCACUUAUGGAUGACCUUCGUCUUCAGAAACCUCCUGACGGGGAGCCAUAUGAGAUAAGAUUGCUUGAUAUUCCUGGUGCACUAAUAGCGGCUGCAUUUGGGCUUCUACUUGAUGGAAUAAUGUUCACAUUAAUUGCCUUCUAUAAGUGCCCCGUGAUGCUUUUCAAAGGAUGGAAACGACUGAUCCAGGACAUGAUUGGGAGAGAAGGGCCCUUUCUGGAGACUGCUUGUGUGCCAUUUGCUGGUCUUGCUAUUCUUCUUUGGCCAUUUGCUGUAGUAGGAGCCGUUCUGGCAUCCAUACUCUCCAGUGCCCCUUUAGGUGCUUAUGCUGCAGUUGUAGCUUAUCAGGAAUCCUCCCUUAUCCUGGGAAUUGCCUAUGUGUUCUCGUCGGUGUCUAUAUUUGAUGAAUACACAAAUGAUGUUCUUGACAUGGCGCCUGGUUCUUGUUUUCCAAGAUUUAAAUAUCGGAAGGGCAAAGAUGAGUCUUCACACGGGCACAGUGUUCCAUUAUCCAGACCAGCCUCAUUCAAUAGGGAGAAGCAAGAAGGGAAAAGGCCUCCGUCUCGUGUUACUUCAUUUAAGAACAGCAUUGAUGAUUUCAAUCCAUUCAAGCUGCUGGACCACCUAUUUGCCGAAUGCAGGAACCAGGGGGAGGAUUUGGUUAACAGAGGAGUGAUAACAAUGAAGGACAUUGAAGAAACGAAGUCUGGCAAAGUUGGCAGCGGUGUUCUUAAUGUUGGUCUACCAGCGUAUGUUAUUCUUAAUGCACUCCUUCGGUCUGCGAAAGCUGAUUCUGUCGGGCUAAUCUUAAGUGACGGCUCUGAGAUUACAUCUGACAAUAGACCUAAAAACACCAUCUUUGAUUGGUUCUUUGACCCUCUUAUGGUUAUAAAGGAACAGAUCAAAGCUGAGAAUCUCACUGACGAAGAGGAAGAGUAUCUGAAAAUGCGAGUGCUAUUGGCUGGUGAUCCCAGUCGCCUGAAAGGCUCUCUGCCUCAUGUUCCAUCCUUGACUGAACGUAAAAAGGCAGAUAUAGACGCAUUCGCUCGCAGGUUGCAAGGAAUCACAAAGUCGAUAUCUAGAUAUCCUACAUCAAAGCGCCGCUUCGACGUCCUUGUGAAGGCGCUCUUGUCAGAGCUGGAGAGGACGAUGGGCCAAUCUGGCAAUGGAUCCCAGUCCCAGGCGCAGAGGCUGCGAAACUCGGUAGCCCGGAUGUUGAGCCAGAAAUCUAUGGGCAAGACUGCCAACAUUAGGGAUGAAGACCCAGAAGCGCAGAUGACGAGACUGUCUCGCACCCCGUGAUCGUCUGUUUGUUAGUUUGACGAUGCCGUAUCACAUGCUAUUCCAGCCUUGUACAAAUGAUGAGUAGAUAGAAUGCUGCGGCUUGAACUGAUGCUCUUACAUCUCAUGUAUGAUCUGUAUAUUUUAGGCACUAUAUGUAUCGUGUAUGCAAUGUUUUUUUGCUCCCGAAAAGAAAAGAGUAUGCACAGAGGAGAACAAUAAAUAAAAAUACGCAAUCCUCAACGGA